CUUAGUUUUCUCGAUUGGCUUAAGGCUCAUGCUCGACAGUUGUCUCCAAGCCCCAUUCUCAACAUUCCUUGGGCUAUGCCCAAAAUCACCCUCCUGUGGUGUCUUUGAGAUACUCAAUAUAGAUGACUCUGCUAUUGGGAAUCCAAGGGAAGCUGGGUGUGGUGGACUAUUCCGCGACUCUUUGGACCACUGGACCAUUGGUUAUGUGCACAAAAUUGGUAUCAUGACUACUUUUGUUGCUGAACUUUGAGCCAUUCAUGAUGAACUUCAUCUAGGGUCCUUUUGAGAAUGAUCCCUCACCUCCAGAUGAAACAUGUUCGGUGGGAAUGUACUAUGGCUGCUGAUGCCAUUGCUAAGAACGUCCACUCCUUUUUCAAUUUUAUUAUUUUGCAACAAUGUCCUCCGAAUGUUGAUCCUUUAUGUGUAGUUGACAUGGUUGGGGUCUACUACUCCGGGAAUUGAUUGUAGUUGUAUUUUGUAUCUAGCUUCAUUUUUAACGCAACUCUAUUUACCCAAAAAAGGAAAAAAUGGCAUGAGUAGUA